AUGACUUCAAAACGUACUCGCACAACUUUUGAGGCCGAUCUUCAAUCCCAACAGUCUCCCUACGCCGUCUACGGUACCCCGCUCCCGCCCCUCGAUGCCGGCGUCCGGGACGAUGGCUCGUACAUGCCUGUUUGGAAGCAAGAGGUGACCGAUGAACGGGGUAGGAAACGACUUCAUGGUGCGUUCACCGGUGGAUUUAGUGCUGGGUAUUUCAACAGCGUCGGCUCCAAAGAAGGGUGGUCUCCCGCUACUUUCGUCUCAUCUCGCCAGAACCGUGCCCGGGAUGCGAAACAACCGGUGCAGCAACGAGCGGAGGAUUUUAUGGACGAGGAGGAUUUGCGCGAGGCAGAGGAGUCGAAGAAGCUACAGACUGCGGAGGGAUACGCAGGCUUUGGUUCUACAGAAGUGGAUGCCACGCGACGAGCAGGUCUCAUUGACUUAUUCAAAACUGGCGGAGAGACUAUGGGAGUGAAGCUAUUGAAGAAGAUGGGGUGGCGCGAGGGUCAGGGAAUUGGUCCGAAGGUGCGGCGCAAAGCCAAUCUAGGCGAUAAGGCUACCACGGGCGGAGAAGGAGCCGAACAAACCUAUCUCUUUGCGCCAGAGAACCCUCCCAUGGUUGCCUUUAUCCGCAAGACAGACCUGAAAGGUCUUGGGUUUGAAGGAGAAGCGCGCCUCGAGGAACGUCUGGGGACACCUCGCGCUAAACCCGAUGAAGAGGGUUCGGACUCGUUUUUUGAAGGGCGUCUAGCUCUCCAGGGGAAACCAAAGGCAUCCAAAGUCAAGGAAACACGCCGCGGAGGGUUUGGUGUUGGCAUCCUCAAUGAUACCGGCUCAGAUGACGAGGAUCCUUACUCUUUAGGCCCACAGAUCUCAUACAGCAAGACCAUCGGCGGAGACAAGAAGAAAAAGAAGAAAGAGGGAAAACCGGCUAUUGCGUCAUCCAAUCCUCUGCUGAAUUCGAAGCCCGUCUUCAUAUCGAAGAAGGUCGCAGCUGCACGGAGUGCCGGGGGUUUCAGGAAAUGCCGGGAUGGCCGGUUGCCACUUGAUGGAUUUGUUCUCGCGGAUGGACUCUCCGGUCUGUCUCUUUCUUCAGACAAGAAAUAUGAGCCUCCUCAGAUCCCAGAUGGUUGGAAAUCAUCCAAAGCGCCAUUAUCCACAGAGCAGAAGCCGUCGGAUUAUGUAUCUACUGCCGAUGCCGCCAAAGCUUCGUCUCUCGACCCGACCUCCAGAGCCGCAGUUUUGGGCGAGGCCCAACUACCUGGAAAGUCCAUCUUCGACUGGAUGACUCCAGAGGCUCGAGCCCGAAUUGCCAAGCUUACUGGGAAAACCGAUCUUCCCCCAGCGCUAGGUGAGAAGGCACCGAAGGGUUAUGAGCUGUCCGAGUCAGAACAGCGCAAGGAUCUCUGGGAUCUUGUACCAAAGCUGGAUAAGCAACUCGCAGUGCAAGCCUUGACACGAGCAGUCAGCGGCUGGAUGCCUUAUUCGGAAGACGAGGACAAGCGCGCACGCUAUCGGACCUUUCUCGAGAUCCGCGCAGGUCUUCGAGAUUCUCUGCCCGAUCGAUUGCCCGGUUCCAGCACAGACGACUGGGUUACGGAAAUGCAAGAAUUUGCCCGGGCCGCCGAGGUAUUCAAACCCAUGUCGGGACUCAUGGCUUCACGUUUCACAUCGGCGUCCUCAACACCGAAAGUUGGCUCCGAUGCACCCGACUCAUCCACCGACUCGGGUCUCAGCCGGCCCGCCGAUAAGCCGGAGGACCCAGCCGUUGCAGCUGCCAAGAUCGGCAUGUUUGGCCAGAUGACACGCAGCACUGUCUCCUUCUAUCCGGCUCGUCUGCUUUGCAAGCGGUUUAACGUCAAACCACCAUCCCAUGUGCAGCUGGAUCCGGGAGAACAGCCUGAGGGCGAUGAGGGCGGAGGACCGGGCAAGAAAUUCCAGUCAGGAGGGUAUCAGACAGACACUGGGCCCAAGGAAUUGGUGUCACAGGAAGCCAUGAACCAACUUCUUCUGUCGGCAGGACAUCCGCCUCCGCAUGGAGCCAACGAACGCGAAUCUGCCGCAGAGACCCAACGCCCUGCGGUGGAGCCGGAGCGCAACGAAGCCCUGGAGGCGGAGCGACCGGGCGAUGCAGUUUUCAAGGCGAUUUUUGGCGACUCGGAGGAUGAUGAGUAG